AAUUGUCAUUAUUUGUUUAGUAAUUAUUGGUGUUCAAUGACAGUUUAGUGCUUCAAUAUUUUUGGUAUUCGUGGAUGUUUUAAUUAUUGCUUAGAUUUAAUUCGAAGUAGAAAUGGAGUUACUAAGUGUAAAACAAAAAAUUGAAAUACUUAUGAUGAUUGGGUAUGGAGACAGAUCGCGAACUCAGAUGGAAGUGUGCAAUUUGAUUAAUAAUAAAUGUCCAUAAGGGCGUUCAACAGUCAGUAAGAUCGAAAAGAAAUUUAGAGAAACUGGUACGGUUGAAAAUGUACGCAAUUCAGGUCUUCCCUCUGCAAAUGCUGAUACAGCAUUAGAUGUUUUACCGAGUUUUGAAGAAGAUGCGCACGCUUCUGUGCGUAGUUAGUCGCGAUAUCGAUCGGUGUUAUCUGUGGGUGUUAGCAAAACAACGGUAAACAAAACAAACUAUUGACGUUUGAAAAAUGGCAUACUUAUAAAAUCAAACUGUUGCAAGAAUUAAACGAAGAUGAUUCCGAUAGAAGAAUCCAAUUUUGCGAAGAAAUUAUGGAUAAAUGUCACCGAGACCCCCACUUGAUACAAAACAUAAUUUUUUUUGAUGAGGCCCCCACUGGAUGCGUGAGCAUCAUACACAAUACCCCCAAAAGCAGACGUAAUCCUGGAGGUUUUGAUGAAAGUUUAUGGUUUCAACAGGAUUGUGCACCUUCACAUUAUGCUGCAGAUGUUAGGAGGUACCUAGAUGGAAUUUUUCCGAAUAUGUGGAUUGGUAGACGUGAACCUACUGAAUGGCCAGCGAGGUCACCAGAUUUCAAUCCUUUGGAUUAUUUUAUAUGGGCCCAUCUGAAGAAUGUUGUUUAUAAAACGAAACCAGCAAAUAUUGAAGAAUUUAAAGAGAGAAUUCAAACAGAAAUAAACAAUAUUACUCAAGAAACCAUACACAAGUUUCAGGAUUAUUUCUUAAAAUGGUCUGUUUAGCUAAAAAUGAAUUUGUUCCAUACUUUACGGACACAGAAGUUACUGAAUAAAUCUUGAAUGUUU